GCGGCGGCGCUGCCAUGGCGGCGGCGACGGCGGCGGGUGCCUGUCCCGGCCCCGGGCCCGGGCCCGGCGCCGCCCGCACGAAGAAGAAGCAGAAGCGCUUCGUGCCGCAGCGCGUGAAGCUGCCGCGGGCGGCGGACCCGCUGCUGGCCGUGCUGGCCUGGGGCGUCACGCACCAGAUCAACGAGCUGAGCCAGGUGCCGCUGCCCGUGAUGCUGCUGCCCGACGACUUCAAAGCCAGCUCCAAGAUCAAGGUCAACAAUCACCUGUUCAACAGGGAGCACCUGCCCAGCCACUUCAAGUUCAAGGAGUACUGUCCCCAGGUGUUCCGCAACCUGCGCGAGCGCUUCGGCGUCGACGACCAGGACUACCAGGUGUCCCUGGCGCGCAGCCCCCCGCGCUGGGCGGGCAGUGCCCGCCGCUGGCUGCUCUCCGCUGACCGCACGCUGGUGCUGAAGGAGCUCUCCAGCGAGGACGUGGCCGACGUGCACGGGCUGCUGUGCCACUACCACCAGUACGUGGUGCAGUGCCACGGGCAGACGCUGCUGCCGCGGUUCCUGGGCAUGUACCGGGUGAGCGUGGACAGCGAGGACACGUACCUGCUGGUCAUGAGGAACCUGUUCAGCCACCGCCUGCCCGUGCACAGGAAGUACGACCUCAAGGGCUCCCUCGUGGACCGAGAGGCCAGUGACAAGGAGAAGGGCAAGGAGCUGCCCACCCUGAAGGACGUGGAUUUCCUCAACAAGAACGAGAAGGUGUUCGUGGAGGAGGAGCAGCAGCGCGACUUCAUGGACAAGCUCAAGAGGGACGUGGAGUUCCUGGUGCAGCAGAAGCUGAUGGACUACAGCCUGCUGCUGGGCAUCCACGAGGUGGAGCGGGGCGAGCAGGAGGAGGAGGAGGAGCUGGAGGAAGAGGAGCUCGGGGGGGGCGAUGAUGGGGGGCUGGGGGGCCCCUAUGGCACCUCCCCGGAGGGUCUGGGGGGGCUCCUCAACUCCUACCGGCCCCUGGGGCCCGGCGAGUUCGACCCCUGCGUGGACGUGUACGCCCUGCGCGGGGCCGAGGGAGCCCCCCGGCGCGAGGUUUAUUUCAUGGGGCUGAUCGAUGUCCUCACCCAGUACGACGCCCGCAAGAAGGCGGCGCACGCGGCCAAGACCGUCAAACACGGGGCUGGAGCCGAGAUCUCCACGGUGCACCCCGAGCAGUACGCCAAGCGCUUCCUGGACUUCAUCACCAACAUCUUCGCCUGAGGGGGGCUCAGCCGGCCCCCCCCGGGACCAACCCCCCCCCCUCGGGGAGUGCUGACCCCCCCACAGCGGGACCAACCCCCCCGGGCUGUGCUGACCCCCCCCCAGUGCGGUUCCACUCCUCAAGUGCCUUAACUUUAUGUCAGGGGGGUCCGGGGGGGCUCCAGCCCCAGCAUGGGGGGGUCUGGGGUGCCCCCCCAGCACAAGGGGACCCUUCUGCCCCCCCCAAAGCUGGGAGGGGGUCAAACACUACUUGCUUUUUGGGGGGGAGGGGUGAAAGGGGCCCCCCCAGUCCACCCCUGUUCCAAAUGAGGCUGGGGGACACCCCCUGCCCCCCUCCCUGUGGGACCUGGGGGGCUCCAGAGCUCCCCCCCUUCACUGCAGCUCCCGGGGGUCCCCCGGGGGGGCGGGGCCUGCCGGGCUGGCACCCCCCUCCUCACUGUGGGGGGGUGUCGUGUGUUGUGUCCCCCCCACCCCGGUUAUGGGGCUCCUUGCCCCGCUCUGGACCGAGAAAUAAAUUAUUGAACUUGC